AGACUAUUGGGCACUACGUCAUAUUUUCACUUUCGUGAUCAAGGCGAAUAAGGCGGGAAAUCCACACGGGUUGAUCAUUAUUGCACGGGACUCGUUUUAUAAACAGCAGGAUGGACACACCCGGUACCAGUUCAUCGUCAGACAAGGAAAGAAUGGAGGCUGCAGAGACUGCCAUUACUAUGUUGGCGCAAGGAAAGCGCAACAUGGUGUGUGGAGAAAUUCCAAAUGCAGUAAACCAGUUUCAGGAAGCAUGCAAAGUUCUAGCAAAGGCCUAUGGAGAAACGGCCAAAGAAUGUGCAGAAGCAUAUUUCUAUUAUGGCCAGUCACUAUUGGAUCUUGCCAGAAUGGAAACGGGUGUGCUAGGGAAUGCUCUACAGGGAGUUCCAGAGGAGGAAGAGACAGAAGAGGAUAGUAAGCCCUCUGAACAGUUUGAGCCAGUCGAGUUAAAUGGAGAAGACCGGGAAAAACUUCGAAUGGAAGUGUAUGAUGCUAUGUCAGAAAAUAAAGAGGGUGCUAAGGAGGAGGGAAAAGAAUGUGAGAAAAAGGAGGGGAAAGAUAAGAUGGAAACGGAUGAUGAGAAAAGCAAGAAGGAAUCUGAAAAAGAUGAGAGCAAGAAGGAAUCUGAACACGAUGAGAGCAAGAAGGAAUCUGAACAAGAUGAGAGCAAGAAGGAAUCUGAACAAGAGAAAAGCAAGAUGGAGACUGAUCAAGAGAAGGGAAAGUCUGAUGAUGAACCAGUGAAAAAUGGAACAGUGGAUGGGGAGAAGAAAGAGGGCAAAGAGGGAGAAGAGGAGGAGGAAGGUGAAGGUGAUGAGGAGGGGGAGGAUGAAGGCGAGACUGGUGGAGAAGGGGACACAGCUGAGGAGGGGGAGACGGCCGAGGAGGGGGACACCGCAGAGGAGUCCCAGGAGGAGACAGAGGGAGGCGAAAAGAAAGAGAACCCCGAUGACAUUUCCAAUCUGCAGUUAGCUUGGGAGAUGUUGGAACUUGCUAAAGUUAUUUAUCUCAAAGAGGAAGACAAGAAAUCUAAACUAAAGGCAGCUGAAUCCUUCCUUAAAUUAGGCGAGAUCAGUCUGGAAACAGAAAACUAUGAACAGGCAUUAUCAGAUUUUCAAGAAUGCCUAAAAAUACAAGAAGCUGAACUUGAACCAGACGACAGACUUCUUGCCGAAACACAUUACCAACUUGGGUUAGCCCAUGGCUUCAACAAACAGUAUGAUGAAUCCAUAGACCAAUACAGGAGAGCAAUCAAAGUAAUGGAAGCCAAGAUAGGCAAAUUAAAGAAGACUGUUGAAGAUGGUACUCAAGGAAAAGGCAAAGAACCACAAGCAGCGGAUGAUCCCAUUAAAGCUGCACAACAGGAAAUAAAAGAUUUAGAAGAGAUUCUUCCUGACAUUAGAGGCAAGAUUGAAGAUAUGGAAGAGGAAAAGAAAAAUAUUGAUGAGCUUAAAUCCAUUACAAAAGAUACCCUGGCUGCUGUAGCAAGUGAACUGAAACCAGCAGAGUCUUCAGAGCCCAAGAAGGCAGCUUCAGACAUUAGUCAUCUUGUUCGAAGAAAGAGGAAGCCUGAGGAGGAGAGUGCUGAAGCCGAUACAAAGAAGACACGACAGGAAGAGGGAUCGGGGGACACCGAAAAGAAUGGUACUGCCAAUGACAAAUCUGAAUCGGCAAUGGAAAGUGAUACCAAGAAGAAGGAAAGUAUGGAUGUGUCCGAACCCCCAACAGCUGUGGCUUCUUAGUCUUCCUCUUCAGUCCAUCUUUUUGUUGGUAUAUGUGGAGGUCAUGACCCCUAGAUCAUCUUGCAUGAUGAUUUGCAUCGCUGCAAAAUCAAACUGCUAACUUUGUGAUAUUUAUUAACCGUGUACAUAACCUCGCAUGUUUUGAAAAAUAAUUGAAUCGUGAAUUGAUUCCAUUGUUCCAUUUUUCACUUUACAUUAAAGCAGUAGUUACAGAUA